GAAGGUGUGUGGGUAGCUGAGGUGUUCAGAGUUCGCCGAGUUCGUCGAGGAGGAAAGACGGACGCACGCGCGCGACUCAGACAGAGCGGGGCGCUGGUGACGCCUGAAGAGGAAGAGGAGGGGGAGGAUGAUGAUGAUGAUGAAGAAGAUGAUGAUGAUAAUUUCGCGUGUGUCAUGGCAAACGGAACCGGCACGAUCAUGUUGAAGUGCGUGGUGGUCGGCGACGGCGCCGUUGGUAAAACUUGCCUGUUGAUGAGCUACGCCAACGACGCCUUCCCUGAGGAAUAUGUGCCCACUGUCUUCGACCAUUACGCAGUGAGUGUGACAGUGGGAGGAAAGCAGUAUCUCCUUGGGCUGUAUGACACUGCAGGUCAGGAGGACUAUGAUCGUCUCCGGCCUCUGUCUUACCCCAUGACCGAUGUCUUCCUCAUUUGCUUCUCGGUGGUGAACCCUGCCAGCUUCCAGAAUGUGAGGGAAGAGUGGGUGCCUGAGCUUCAGGAGUAUGCUCCUAAUGUCCCGUAUCUCCUCAUCGGCACUCAGAUUGACCUAAGAGAUGACCCUAAGACCAUCACAAAGUUAAAUGAUGUGAAGGAGAAGCCCAUUGUGACAGAGCAGGGGCAAAAGCUGGCAAAGGAGAUUGGUGCCUGCUGUUACGUGGAGUGCUCAGCACUAACGCAGAAAGGCUUGAAGACGGUCUUCGACGAGGCCAUUAUUGCCAUUCUGGCUCCAAAGAAGGGGGCAUUAAAGCGGCGCCUUGGUCCACGCUGCAUCAACUGCUGUCUGAUCACGUGAGCAGCCUGUCACACCAGUUCUAGGGCAUUUCGGGGCGUGAGAGAGCACAUUCCCCACUGAUGAUGGGGGGGCAGAUUUUCAAGAACAACUGACAACCAGACCUGAACUGUUCAUAAACAGAUGACAAAAAAAAUAGAAACAUAUAUUGAAGUAUGGAAGGAGAAGUACAGACACAAAAUCUUUGCUUGGAAAAUGAGACUCAUUCUGUCAUAAGCAAUGAGAGGGAGUGAGUAAAUCAACUGACAAAAAGAACGUCAGCAUUUGUCAGCAACAAGUGACCUACAAAAACACUAAACAUGAGGCAACACAGGAACACAUGACAUUGACUUUCUCAACACUGAAGCACAGAAAAGAAACUUUCCAGGGAGAGAUGUUGAAUGGCACAGUGGAACACUCAUGAAAAUCAAAAACAAUUCAUUUGUAUUUCUUGUUGCUUCUGUACGCAUGUGUGAAAAAAAAUCCCAGACAGCCUAAAGAGCACAACCAAACCCAACUGACAUUUACAGAAGUGGGACUUUAUUUGGCUGAGAAAAAGGGAAACUGCGUCUUGCAACAUGAAGUUGCGAAUUGCUUACCUUUCACAAAAUUUCUCUUAAAUCCCUUAUUUACCAGAAAGAUUAGAGGAAUGUUGCAACAGGUAUACCACUGCAAAUAUACAAAUAAUUUAAUACCAGAAGGAAAGUGACAUUUCUAUUGCAGAAUCUGACCUCAAAGGACAUGUUUCAAAGGGUUUGGGGCAAACCAGUGGAACUUGCUCUAGGGUGGAUGCUUUUUUUUUUUUUGACUAUCACAGCCCUUCGAUGUCCAUCCACAACUUGGCCUUUGCCUGUGAGUUCAGUGUUCUUCACUUGAGCUUGUAGGUGAGCUGCUUGCGAUGCCAGCGGAUCCAAAGCGGGGCUGUCAGGAGCCCCGUCAGAAAACCUAUGGUUGUCCCAAGGGAACAUGAAAUAGGCCACACCUAGAGGGAGGAACCACAGGAAUCAGCAACAACCAAUCAGCCCUGUCCCCAUAUGGCAGGAGCACAACUAUCUGGCUGCAACGAACAAGAUCACUGUGGUGUUUUAAUGGUCAACUUUUGUACUUAAAGCUUUAAACUGCUUUUCUUUGUUGUUUUUUACUUUAGGGUUUGAUUUUGGUGUGCAUUUUUGCCUCUCAGCUCUGCUCGGAUUGAUCUGUAUUGUUAAAUUUUAAGACAGAAAGAAGAAAAAGCCAGUGACUUAAAGCAUUAGUUGCUGUUUUAAAGACAUUUGUUGCACAGUACAUGCAAACAGUGAUUUGAGUGUUUUUGAAGCUUCUAGCAUCUAAUGAAGUUUUUAAAAAAUAAGAGAAACUUUUAUGAAUAUUAUGGAGUAAAGAAGUAGUCAGUUGCAAGCAGAAAUCCUCAUUAAGUUUAGCAAAUGGCGCAAAUUAUUUUCUUAAGUGAAAAAAAAGUUGCAAUGACUUUCUAAGCUCAGUGAACAGUGAUUAAUACUUUAUGUACAUUUUGUUAGAUGACUUGCCUCAAAAAUGAUGAUUGCUGAAUAUAAAGUUGUUUUUCAUAAUGGUUGUCCCCGUUCAGUCUCAUUGCCUGCUUUUGUCUCAGAAUUUAACGAAAAGCACACCCACUGAGCCUUAUUUGUUAUAGUUAUUUACAGAUGGAAACAUUUUUAUCUUUUGCAAGUAAAGCAACUGGUGGUGAAACAGGGCAUCUGAUCUAAUCGCUGCUUGUGAUCUAACCAUUGUUCAUGAGUGCAUAUGGCAUUUAUGUGAGGUUUAAUAAAUUUGUUCUGGUCUGAUGACUAAAUAUCUCCGUAAUGCCAACCUUUUGAGAGAUGGAGAAUCAUUUUUGUAGUACUGUGUUGUCUCGGUCUUCAUGGAGCUUCAGAAGGUCUAUUACACAUCUUUCGACUGAUACCAAAAUUAAUACUGCAAGAUUUUUGUACUUUGAUAUUCCUGUUGUCAUGUUCAGUAGUCAUUUGGCUGCAGCCACCAUGUACUGAAACACUGGAGGAAAUUUUGUGCUCUACAGACUUUUUGGAAGAAGAAAGCUCUCUCCAUGUUUAAAAAACACAGAAUAUUCUCAGAGUGGGCCAAAAUUAAAAACUGUCAGCAAGACUGAUUUUUUUAAUUAUGUGUGAGCUGUGCUUGUGAUAUGGGCUUCAUUACAGCAUAGUGUCAGGGUUCUGCCAUGCCAGCUUCUCAGCGCUUAAGGCUCUCUUCAUCAUGCAUUUCUCUGAUGAGGAGCUCCUUUAUUGCUUUAUUCCAGCCUAACUGCACACACUGCCAUCCCCUCACUGCCUGGUUAUGUCGGCCCUGUCUCGGUGGUCUAGUCUAGACAUUCACCGCGUGUGUGCGUGCGGGAAAGCACACAUGGGAGACUUCAGUGUGACAUUUUGAGGGCAGAACGAGGGCAAACUCCAGCCCCGUUCUCUGAUCGAUGUCUGUACCAUGCAUGAAUAAUUCAAGUUACAAUGCAGUCCUUCGAUGCUUUGAGAACUUUUAAUUUUUCAUGAAGACUGGUUGAUUCAUAACAAAACCCCUGCUCUGGCAGUCACAAGAGAUUUGUUGGUCACUCAUAUCCAGCAUUGCGUUGUUUGCCCAAAAUGUGUUUGGUACUUGAGUGGUGUUCCUCCACUGUCAUUACUAGGAUGAUAUUAUGUAUUGUGGCUGAGUCAUUCUGAAAUUUAAAAGUGAUAUUAUUUAAGAUGAAUGUACUAAAUACUGGACAGGACAAAAAAAGUAUUCAAGUAUAAAAAAGAAAAGGGAAGAAACAGCCACUGUCCUACAUAUAAAAUCACUUCAAUUACUUGAAAAGUUGUAGUUCAGUGGAUUUCUUGAGAAUGAAUUCUGAAAUUGGGUCAUUUUGCAGGAUAUAAGAGAAGGAACUGGAGAUGUGCUUGCUGGAGGAAUGCUUUGAAUGAGUUGUUAAAACUGGUGAGCAGGAUAAAAAUAGAAGCUUUUCAGCAUAUGGACCGAAUACAGCGAAAAUCCAUAUUCAGUCAAUGCACACCAACACUCAAUCUUAUCUUAAGAGUUAUUGAACAAUGUACGAUACAUUAUAAAACAUUCUACUGGUCCAGACAAAAAAAAUCUCUUACACAGCUACACUUUUUGCUGUGUUCCAACAUUCUGAGGUUCUGUAUCUCUACAUAUAUGAUUUACAGCAGAUAACCAAGUAACAUAAAACUAAAUCUUAAAGUGCCCAUAUCAUGCAACAGCAAAUUUUCCUCACUAUUUUAAAUGACAGUCUGAUGUGAUAUGUAACCAUUAUUCAUGUUUCACUCACUAGUCCAUACAGUCCAUUUAUGAAAAUUAAGCUGCAAAAAUUCACAAAUUCAUUGUUUUUGUGCUGUCACAAACAAAGUCGACUUGGACUCUCCAUGCCAUGGAACUUUAACCAGCAGAGCCAGAGCCAUCGCUAAAUGAAUAUAACAGAUUAAAUGAUGAUAAGAUGAUAAUUCAUGCUUUUUUUAAUCUGCUCCCCAUCACUCACCCUACACCUAAAUGGAGUGUGCAGCUAAGAAGAUCGAUAUGAGACAUGCUUUUGUGCAAGAAUGUGACAUGAUCAGAUGUAAAUUAUGUAAGGCUGUAUUAAAUUUAGCACAAAAACAAUGAUGUAUCAAAUCUACAGCUAACAUCUGCAAUCACAAAACAAAGAAAGACAACUAUUUCAUCCAUGUUCUCAAAAAGUACAAUGCAUGGCAUUGAGAGAAUAUUUAGCUGCAUGCACCGUGCUAAAAGAGACUACAACUGAUUUCUUUUUAAAAUGUCUAUGUUGUAUAAACUAUGCAUGAGCCCUGAUUAGGCGAUACAUGUUUAUUAAUUUGGGCUAAUAAUAAACUACAGUCAUGUGUUUAAUGUUUUCAUUGAUCACAUCCAUGAUUUUAGUUUUAUUAAUCACUGACUAAUAAUGGGCAGUUAUCAAUUAAAAGAAUUUGCAUCAGCAA